AUGGCUGAUGCGCUGUGCGGGCCGUCGAACGCCCUUCAGAACUUCCAGAAGCAUACAUCUGUUGAUCGGACCCUUCAGCAAGACCGGUUGACUUCACGUCAAUCGCCUGUGCAGGGUUUCCGAUCCCAGAACCCCCAAGAAGGAAUACUCGACCCAGAGUUCGCCGCAUUCGAAGGCAACCUCGCCGGCCCUGCAUUGCCUAACUUGCAACAUCCUGCCAAUUUUGGAGCACCAUUACAUCAUGCCGCAGUACACCACCAAGCCGCACACAGUGCAGGCAACGCCGGUUGGGCAGCGGACUUCCAGAACCUGCAAAUUUCAGGGCCCUCGCAUCCUGUAGCGCAACUACAAAGACCAAAUAUUGCACCAGCGACGACACAUGGCGGAUGGCACACUGAAUUCAUGACCCAACAACGAGGGCCUAUGUCCCAGGCCCAGCAAAACCCGCAAAUGCAUGGUGCCUAUCAGCCAUCUUUUGCGCCAGGCUACCAGAUGUAUGGGUCCUCCAUGAAUCAGAUGCAGCCCCAGCAACAAAAUCACACCCAGCAAUUCGAUGAAUCCGCCUUUGAGGCUGCCUUUGAUCAGGCACGGGUGGAUAUGGAGUUGCAAGGAGCCGAGCUUGCGCAGCAAGAUACCCAGAAGAACUUGCAGGAGAUCAACGAAGUCGACGUUUCCGUGCCGGUCAACCAGGAGCAGAUUCGACUCGGAUCGGACCUUAUUCCCCAAAGUGACAAGCAGGAUCCACAAACACGGAGUCGAGAUGCAGAUGAACUUGCACGGACAGCAGGGCAACUGCUUGACAGCGUGCGCAACGAACAAAGCCAGAAAUUCCAACAAAGCAAUUUCCUAGCUUUGAUGCGUCGGAUUCGAGAUCGCGAGGUGGAAGUUGAAGGAGAUGAUUUCCGCGAAGUCAGUACCAACCCGUAA